AACAUAUUGUAGCCUACAUUAGUUAACAGAGACACAUAUAUACCAGUAUGUAGCCUACUUAAGUAAAGUAGUAGGCUAGUAGCCUAGAGUUAGGCUAAGCCUAAUCAUUUUAGAAUAAGGCAAAGUUGCCUGAUUAGCCUAGAAACUAAAAUAAAUGUUGGUGAAAUAAACUAAUCUAUACUGUUGUACAGUGAAAAUAUAACACAGUCUCUUCAAAUAUAAUGACCAUUCGUAUUCAGUACCUCUAAAAUCCUGGUUUCAGCCCUGUUUGCCAACCAGGAACACAUUGGCUACUAUUUGAGCAGUUAGCAACAGGCCAACAAACCAAACCCAAAAUGACUGUAUAACAUGUGCUUAAAACAUUAACUGAAGGGAUUAUUAGUUUAGCACAUGUCCUUUGCUCCUUCACUGCUACUAGAACAUCAGGUGCUGCUUGGUUCAUGGUGACCUGUGUCGCUCCAUAAACAGGUCUGUGACACAAAGUCCUGUCUUGGUCCUGAAUGGGUGUAAAAGAAUCAAAAACCUGAUCAAUUUAAGCAACAAAAAAAAAUGUUCACAGAAGAUGAAGCUUGCCUCUUUAAAUCUCUUGGUCCUCGGUCUGCCAUUGGAUUAACCAGAGAGCAGUACUUGGGAAUAAUACAAUGGUCCAUUCUCAUUCAGCAUAAUCCUUGUAGGUAUUGCAAGCAGUUUCAUAUGACUCCGCAGCAAAAAGGCUACUACAAGCACCUCUCUGAAGAAGUGUUACGACAAGAGAUUAAAAAAAUACAAAUGUCUACUUCCCCACCAACCUCUUGCGAUUGGAUGCUCCUGGUUGAACAGAAGAAUAUAAAUGUCCGCGUUACAACCAUGGACGCUGAGCUGGAGUUUGCCAUCCUGCCCAGCACAACUGGCAAACAGCUGUUUGACCAGAUAGUGAAGACUAUCGGGCUGAGGGAAACCUGGUUCUUUGGCCUCCAGUAUCAGGAUAGCAAAGGCUUCUCCACAUGGCUCAAGCUAAAUAAGCGGGUGACAGCUCAAGAUGUAAAGAGGGACAACCCGUUGCUGAUUAAGUUCAGGGCAAAGUUUUACCCCGAGGAUGUCGCAGAUGAGCUGAUACAGGAGGCAACACAGCGCCUCUUUUUUCUGCAGGUUAAGGAGAGCAUCUUAAACGAUGACAUUUACUGCCCCCCUGAGACUGCAGUGCUCUUGGCCUCGUAUGCGGUUCAGGUCAAACAUGGAGACUACAGGAAAGACUAUCACGUUCCGGGGUACCUUGCAAGAGAAAAGCUGCUGCCACAAAGGGUUUUGGAGCAGCACAAGCUGAAUAAGAAUCAGUGGGAGGAAAGAAUCCAGGUGUGGCAUCAGGAGCAUAAGGGACUUCUAAGAGAAGAUGCCAUGGUGGAGUACCUGAAGAUAGCCCAGGAUCUGGAAAUGUAUGGAGUCAACUACUUCAACAUCAAGAACAAGAAAGGAUCCGAGCUGUGGCUGGGAGUAGACGCGCUGGGGCUCAACAUCUAUGACAAAAAGGACAAGAUGACCCCAAAGAUUGGCUUCCCCUGGAGUGAGAUCAGAAAUAUUUCCUUCAACGAUAAGAAGUUCCUGAUCAAACCGAUUGACAGGAAAGCUCCGGACUUUGUUUUUUACGUGCCUCGUCUCCGCAUCAACAAACGCAUCCUGUCCUUGUGUAUGGGGAAUCAUGACCUGUACAUGCGUAGACGUAAACCCGACACCAUCGAGGUGCAACAGAUGAAGGCCCAAGCCAGAGAGGAGAAGAACAAGAGGCAGAAGGAGAGGGCUCUGCUCGAGAGUGAGAAAAAAAAGCGAGAAAAUGCUGAGAAGGAAACAGAGAAGAUUGCUCGUGAGACCAUGGAGCUGAUGGAGCGAUUGAGACAGAUUGAAGAGCAGACAAAAAGAGCUCAAGAUGAGCUGGAGGAGCAGACUCGCAGAGCUCUUGAGUUAGAGAAAGAGAGGAAAAUAGCUCAGGAGGAUGCUGAGCGUCUGGACAAGGAACGCAGAGGUGCAAUGGAAGCUAAAGCAGCCCUGCUACAUCAAUCUGAGUCCCAAAUCAGGAGCCAGGAGAGCCUGGCCACUGAGCUGGCAGAGCUUACCUCUAAGAUCUCCCUGCUGGAAGACGCCAGGAAGAUAAAGGACGACGAGGCAAAGAGAUGGCAGAAAAGGGCGAUCGUGGUAGAAGCUGAUUUGAGGCGAACCAAAGAUGUGCUGAAGACUAAACUCAUGGGUGUCCACAUCCAGGAUUCAGCGCACUCUCAUAUGCACGAGCACGAUGAGACGGACGAGAGCAGCGCGGAGGCGAGCGCUGAGCUGACCUCUCCCGGCACGGUCCGAGAUCGCAGCGAGGAGAAAAGGAUAACAGAGGCUGCGAAGAACCAGAGACUGCAAAAUAACCUUAAGUUCCUGAGCAGUGAGCUGGCUGGAGCUAUAGACGAGACCAAAAGGACCCUCAAUGACCUGAUCCACGCCGAGAAUGUGAAGGCGGGCCGUGACAAGUACAAAACCCUGCGUCUGAUUCGUCAGGGCAACACCAAACAACGCAUUGAUGAAUUUGAGUCCAUGUGAGAGAAUCUUCUGGCGGCACAGACAGCAGGAGAUGGAUAGAUCAUUGAAAGGUUGCAGAAGUGUAGGUGAAGAUUACUACACAGGUAGAAUAUUAACUCGGUGUUAACAGGUUUAGUAUGAAAGCAGGUGAUUCUGUAACUGGGCUUUGAUGCCUUAAAUUCCAAGAUUUUAAUUUUAGUGCCAUUUAAUCUGGAAACAUGUCAAAGCAGAAAUGACAACUGCCCUUAAAAUAAAACGUUAUCUAUUUAAUUUGAAAAAAUGCAUUUAUUGUUUGCUUCAAUGUUGUGGAGAAAUAUCACAGAUGCUAUCAUUUAUGAAAGCUCCUCAGACACAUCUGCAGUCUCAAAAAAUACAAACUGAUGAAACCAUUUAUAUUAUUGAUUGAUGACUCUUUUCAGUGUUCCAGGUAAAUGGCUUAAUUAAUCUGUUCACUUAAAUUAAGACACAGAACCUGCUGCAGGGUGUUGUGUGUGUGUGUGUGUGUGUGUGUGUGUGUGUGUGUGUGUGUGUGUGUGUGUGUGUGUGUGUGUGUGUGUGUGUGUGUGUGUGUGUGUGUGUGUGUGUGUGUGUGUGUGUGCAUCAGUGCACAUGCAAAUUAGAAUAACUUCAUCAGGAAAAGUUUUGCAAGGAGCUGUAAUAAACACACAUGAAAGGAAAAUAAAAAAAAUAGCAACUCCCUCCACUGUACCUUAACCAUAUCUCUGCCUUUACUUUUGCCAAAAGCAGGGUUUCCAUAUAAGCACAUAGCAACCAAGGCUGCCCAGAAAUUAACAUUUUUCUGUUAUUCAUUCUAUGAAAUUGAUUUGUUUUAAUUGUGUUUCUCUAGCUGCCCAAAUAUUCACAAUUAUUUUGUUGUGCUGUCUUAAAAUACACAGAAGAAAAUAAAGUUUGACUUAUAGAGCCUUCA